AUGAAAGUCUCCCAAGCGAUUUCCGAAAUUAUCGCCGAAUUUUCUGGAAUCAACCGGUCCCCAAACGCGGGACACAUUCAAAAAUGUCCGUCUAGAAAAUGCUCGAUGGCCACGCCCCCUCCAUCUGCCACGUCGUCUGGACAAAAUUCUGGAGCAUCAUCGCCAAGGAGGAAGCUAUCCGAGCCGGCCGCCCGCAAACACUCGGUUGUCAUCGCUGUGGAGUGGUAG